CUCUUACUCGCGAUCAGGCUGUCGACUCGACGACAACCCUUCCCGGAGCCAGUGCUUUACUCUCCGUCACGCAUCGCAGUUUGCAUACCGUUCCCCCAGAACGAGUUUCUUCGAGAGAGUACCUGCCACUUGCAGAGGACUUCCGGCAUGCAACGAAGGAUCGCAGUGCUAAUCGCCGGUCUUGCGCUCGUCUCGGUGGCUCGUUCAGAUGAAACUUUGAAAUGCUACAUGUGCACUUCUCUUACGAAUCCACACUGUGUGUCUAAUCCUAAGGCAGGCAAUGUCAAACUUGUCGAAUGUACUCUUCUUCAAAUGCACGAGUGGCAACGAAAUUUUCAACAGCACAACAUUUCGAAUGUAAUAUCGCACAUUUUCGAUGUUGACCAUUCGAGGAAUUAUCAAGCCGUUGGACCGAUGGCCUGCGCUAAAAUGGUUUUAACAGUUAAAAAAGAAGAGGUCGUAGUGAGAAACUGCCAGAUAGCGAAGGCAGAGAACAUUGAUCCCUGCAAAUCAAUACAGGGGAAGAUGAACAACGACUUCUCCAGCCUAGAACAUUGUGAUCUUUGUAUGCACGAUGCUUGCAAUACUUCCACUGGCCUCUCACCCAGAAUCUUCGUCAUUCUGUUGUUCCUUCUAGGAACUGUAAUCCUUGGUGGCUUUUACAACGGGGCGUAACCUUUACGUGCCACUUUAUUAAAUUGACUACGAUCGCCGUCGGAGACGUGUCACGAUCGAUCUCAUAGCGCAUUCUAAAACUCGAACACAUAUACAUACUGUUCAUCGAUGUUUCAUGUUGUUUCACGGCUACACAGCGCAACAACGGACCUAAAAGUUGUCAUUAUUCUUAGUUCCAAGAAAUCGUAUAUCGUUGUACUUUCAUUCAGGGAAACAUUGAAACUUAUCAGUUGAACUUGAAUGUACACAUUAAAAAAUUUCAACAACGAAUCGUUAGAAUUGUUGGAAAUGUUUUCUGACCUAACAUUUUUCGAAAGUUACAGCACGAAAAGUUAGGUUAGUUCUAAAAGUUGUUUGAAAAGUUAAUUUUACUAGAUAUUUGAAAAGUUAAUUUUAAAAAUUAUAUCUAGAAGUCAUUUUAAAAGUGAUUUCAAAAGUUAUAGCGCAAUUAUCGAUUGAAUUUCUACGUUUUCAAUUCUAUAAUUAAAGAUUCCAAGUAACUAAUAUUAAGUUCGUUUUGAGAUCAUUGUUUCGUAUCACCUUGUUUACUCGCGCGUCCAAACUAACCAUAUGAAAUUAAGCGCGUGAAAUGAUUCCUAAGGGAUGUAUGACUUUCGACUCGAUUCGCUUCGAGACGAUACUUCUUGAUUCUCGACGAGUUUGCUCGCGGAACUUUGUAUACCGAACCCGUGGGGUCUAUAUAGUUAUUGCGUAAUUUCAAUGAAAAUGAAUUUUGAACGUUAUUGUAUUUAUUGAAAUGCAUUUGCGAUCGAUGGGUAUUUAUCGAGGCUCGACCUUGCAAGCAUAAGUAAUUAAAUAUACAAUCAUAUACGUGCGUGUGUGUAUUAAACGGAUGAGCGGGCUUGUAAAUCGUGAUAUUUUGGUCGGUGUCUGUAAAAAGAAAUUAUGCUAUCGAGCUUCUCAAGGACAAAUAAAACCAUUGCACCAAAAUUAUAA